AUGAGGGGAGUAGUUGUGUGUGCUGAUAAAAUACGGUACGCAAACACAUCGACCGUGACAGCGUAUACGAAGCUCAACAGCGCGCAAACGGAGGCCCUCGCAGCGAUUACAAGAAAGCUUCUGGGCUCCGAGAAUAGCGGGCGAUGCAAAGCUCGAAUGUGGGUUGGGUCUCACCCAGGUUAUGGUAACCACGACUUGACGUAUUCAUCGUUGGCUUCGCUACACAGGAACGCCGCUUUCUUUGGACUUGUUAGGUGGUGUGAUCGAAGAAACCCUGAGAUCGCGACAAGGAGGGCAGCAUAUCACCUCAAUACGCCAUCGACCAUCACAGGAUCACUAGGCAACCAUGAAGUCUGGUUCCAUAAGAGGGGUGCAUCCACCUUGGAGCCAAGAUCUCAGCCGCACCUCGGAAUUACAGAGAAGUCCGUCGCAGCGAUGCCAAUGGCUCAGCUCGGCGCAGAAGCCCUCUCUAAGUUUGAUUGGAUCUUGUACCGUGCACCACUCGAAUACCUCAUGGUUGUUUUAUCCGCCUAUUUCGAAGUACAGAUGGAUCAAGUGUCAGCAGGAUCACUUCACGAGCCGAGCCUGGCGACUGGGGCUUCUCCGAGCCCUCUAGCUGCAGUAACAGCACCGUCCGGAGGAGGGGCCAUUCAGGGAAUUGGAGAGACUUUUUCUGUCUCCGGACCGACGGGGACUGCUUCUGCCUCCAUACCUCUUCCCACCAGCACAGCGAGAUCCGGUUCCACCCCAAAACUUACCCUCACAUAUGACUCGGGAUCUGGGAAUGGCCCUUUUGGCCUUGGAUGGCAGCUCUCCGUGCCUUCCAUUACUCGAAAGACAUACAAGGGACUUCCCCAAUAUUUGGACGACGAAGAAUCUGACGUGUUUAUGAUGUCUGGGGCCGAAGAUUUCGUCCCUGUCCUUGAGCCAUCAGCCAAUGGGUGGAUUAAACAACUUCCUAUCAAACGGACUUCUGGUCAGCUCGUAUAUCAGAUCACUACGUAUCGACCUCGAGUAGAGGCGGAAUUUGCAAGAAUUGAGAGGUGGUCCGACUCUGACACUGGAAUUGCUCACUGGCGCGCUGUGAGCAAGGACAAUGUGACUUCCAUAUUUGGCGACACCAAGCUUUCCAGGAUCAGCGACCCAGCUUGCCCAAGUCGCAUUUUCUCUUGGUUGCUAAGUAGGACCUACGACGACAAAGGGAACCUAACCCAUUACGACUACAAGGCGGAAAAUUCGGAGGGAGUUGAUGAGUCGCUCAUAUCUGAGCAGCAUCGUUCCUACAUCGAUCGCACAGCCUCCAGAUAUUUAAAGCGAGUCAGAUAUGGAAAUGUGAUUUCACAUAAAUCGGUCAAGGACCACGACGAUUUGAACUUUUAUUUCGAAGUUGUCUUCGACUACGGUGAACAUAGCCCCCAUAUUCCUACUCCACGAGAAUGUCGGCACUGGAAUGCGCGUCAGGAUCCCUUCUCAAGUUUCCGUUCAACCUUUGAGAUCCGUACUUACCGCCUCUGCGAGAGAGUCUUAAUGUUUCAUCACUUCCCAGACGAGCCAACAGCAGGAAAGGAUUGUCUCGUGAGUUCCAUGGAGUUGCACUAUUCUAGUCAGCCCACAGUGACUCUUCUCACCUCAGCAACUCAGAAGGGCUUCAGGAAAGUCGAUGGCCAGUGGUUUACUCAGUCACUUCCACCGCUAGAGUUCGAAUACAGCCAACCAACUAUUGCUGACGACGCUAUUUCACUCGGCCCACGUGCACUUGAAAAUGUACCAGUCGGUGUGGCCGACACAAAUUACCAGUUUCUCGACCUCGAUGCAGAGGGGCUACCAGGGCUUCUCACCCACCAGUCUAGCGAGUGGUUCUACAAACCCAACCUUGGAGGUGCACGCUUUGGUCCGAUGCAAGUUCUUCCGCAAAGACCCACGGUGACGGAAGGCGGAAGUCAAAUUGCUCAAUGGCUUGAUCUUAGCGGCGAUGGCAAGCUCGAUCUCGUACGUUUUCAAGAUACCGCUCCAGGGUUCUACCGCCGAGAUAAUCUGCUCAGUAGCGGGUGGGAGCCUUUCCGCCAUUUCCUCUCCAUUCCCAACAUCAACUGGUCAGUGGCUCGUAUGAUUGAUCUCACAGGUAACGGCUUGGCGGACAUUCUCAUAACAGACGACCAAUUGUUUACUGCCUAUGCAUCGCUCGGUGAUUCUGGGUUUAACACGGCAGAGUACUGGCGACCGCCUGUGGAUGAGGAUGGAGGACCUCGUCUUUUGCUCCACGACGAUCAGCAGAAUAUUUUCCUAGCCGAUAUGUCUGGCGACGGACUUGCCGAUAUCGUCAGAAUUUGCAACGGUGAGGUUUGCUACUGGCCGAACUUGGGAUAUGGCCGAUUUGGCCGCAAGCAUUGUCUUGCUGAUGCACCAUUUUUCGAUCUUCCGGACAUGUUCACGCGCCAACGCAUUAUAUUAGCUGAUGUCGAUGGGACGGGUACCACUGAUCUCAUACUUCUUCAUCCCGACGGGCCUACAGUCUACAUCAACGAAGCUGGUAACAGUUUAAGCGCCCCUCGAUUGCUUGAGAACUGCCCUCCGUACGAUGAUAUGAAGUCUGUCAACGCCAUUGACCUUCUUGGUCAAGGGACAGCUUGUCUCACAUUUUCUUCUAAAUUAUUGUCCGACGAGAACACUGGCCGGCAACUGUUCUAUCUGGAUCUCAUGACUAACGGAAAACCAUAUCUCCUAAAUUCUGUCAAGAACAACUUAGGUAGUGAAACUUAUAUCACCUACGAAUCGUCGACAACUUUCUACGUUCAAGAUAAGCUUGCCGGAAGGUCAUGGCACACCAACCUACCAUUCCCUGUACAGGUCGUAAGCAAAGUCACUACAGUGGACCGAAUUAGCGGAAACCAGUUCACCUCGAAGUACGCUUACCACGAAGGAUUUUUUGACCCUUAUGAAAGAGAGUACCGUGGUUUUGGGCUAGUGGAGAAAUGGGACAAGGAUGAAUUCGACAAGUUUCAAGACUUCCCAGAACGGUUACAUGCUACGAACACAGAUUCAGCAUUCACGAGCCCACCCGUCUUAACACGGUCAUGGUAUGAUACUGGUGCCCUUAUAGGGGGUUAUCACAUUGCACAGUCUCUGCUCUACCAGGACUGCAAUUCCAUUCAGUAUGGGGCUCAUCAUUUGCCAAUAUCCACGCCGCUCGAUACUAUCAGAACCUCUGACAAAGAGAUACCACAUAUCAUCACUAUUGAAGAGAUGCGUGAAGCCUUCCGCAGCGUUCGAGGAACUUUGUUGCGCGAAGAGGUAUUUGGCUUGGAUGGAAGCCAGCACGAAGCAGUGCCGUACCUUGUCCAAGAGGCCAAUUCCCAAGUGGAGCUGUUUCAACCGAUGGGACCCAACCGCCAUGCUGUCUUUUUCGUCCGCCCAUGCGAGUCACUUAAGGUGUACUAUGAGAGAUGCAGAGGGAUCGUUACAGGCAGUUUGAAGGAGGAUCCGCGUGUCUCGCAUAGCAUGCUGUUGGAGACUGACAUGUUUGGAAAUCCCUUAGUGUCUGUGUCAAUUGCGUACGGUCGUCAGAACAAAGAGUCAAGUAUCCAUCUCAACGAGAAGGAUCAACAGAAGCAAGCGCAGACUCAUUGUGUUCUCCAGAUGUCUGCAUAUACUAACCGAAUACUUGAACCAGACACGUAUCGCCUUCCAGUUCAAUGGGAGUCUCAGAGUUUCGAGCUUCGAGGCCUUGUAGAAGGGCUUAGCUGUGCCCAUGCCCUAGAGAAGUGCUGCCAGAACAAGCUACUCGAGCCAAAACUUAAUGAGAGGAAGGGCGGCCGGACUUCACUUGUUCUUUUGAGCUUCUCGGCCGUGGCGCUGCUUGUAAAAAGUUUUCUAGCGAACCCGAUUGAUGAGGCAUUUGAGGGUAGUCCUACUACAGAAGCUCCAAACCUAUCCAAUUCCAUGGCUCGGAGGCUUCUUUCUCGUAAAAGAACAGCCUUCCGCAGUGACGAUAUGUCAACGGCUCUUCCAUUCGGAGUUCUAGAACCAUUGGGCUUACCGUACGAGUCAUACACCCAAGUCCUUACGCCUGGGUUGGCCAAGCAUAGCUACUUAGAUCCUAACAGAAUCGACCCAUCCAACAUUGAUGCUGUGCUGGAGAACCAAUGCGGGUAUGUCAAACUUGACGGUGAUUCCAAUUACUGGGCACCUUUCGGACGUGUCUUCUUCUCACCGAAGGAAUUAGACACUCCAGUAGAAGAGAGGCAGUAUGCUGAGCGACAUUUCUUCCUGCCGCAUCGCCACAGGAAUCCUUUCCAUACGCCAUCCUUCAAUACUGAAAUGGAGGUGCGAUUCGAUAAGUAUGACCUGCUACCUAUAGAGUCUAGGGACUCGGUGGGUAAUAUCAUCAGCGCUGGCGUGCGAGCAAAGGGCGAGCGCUUUGGGCAGCUAACGAAAACGUCUUACGAUUACCAACACUUGCGACCUCUGCUUGUUAUGGAUGGGAAUCGCAAUUGCACCACUUACGCAUUUGACGCGCUUGGCAUAAUUUCAGCAAUCGCAAUUCAAGGAAAACCGGAGGAAAGCCUUGGUGACAACCUGGGAGAUUUUCAUUGGGUCUCAGAUGAAGAGACGGAUGAGUUUUUCAACUCGCCAAUUUCUUCUGCAGAGUCAUUGCUAGGCAAUGCCACGUCCCGGAUGAUCCAUGACCUGCACGCCUAUCAUCGCACAAGGAGCUCAGUACGACCCUCACCUAUUGUAGCCGCCACCAUCAGCCGUGAGAUGCACGUGUCGGACCUCGCUCCAACCCAGAGACCCAGACUUCAGCUGUCAUUUGUUUACCAGGACGGGUUGGGGCGCAUUGCGCAAAAGCAAACUCUAGCUUCAGAUGAAAUUAAAAUAAAAUGUCCGAGGUGGCUCACUACUGGCUGGACACGUUAUAAUGACAAGGGUAGUGCAGUUCAAAAGUACGAACCCUUUUUCUCCGAAUCACACCACUAUCUGAGCGACUCAAAGCACGGAGUCUGCUCAACGUACUUAUUAGAUCCUCUCCAAAGAACGGCGGCGACUCUCAGCCCGAACCAAACUUGGUCAAAGAAUGUCCUCACUCCAUGGGCUGAGAAGGUCUGGGACGCUAAUGAUACCUGUACGAUAGACCCGGUUCAUGACCCCGAUGUUGGUGGCUAUUUCAAAAAACUACCGGAGGCGUUUUACUCACCGACAUGGUACGAGGCACGUCAAAACAACAAACUUGGUGUCUCUGAAGCCGAUGCUGCCAUGAAGGCAGCUGCACAUGCGGGUACUCCUACAACUGCUUAUUAUGACUCCAUCGGGCGCAAAAUCGUGGUUGUAAUGGAGAAGAGAGAGCUACGACCACAUGGAACUGUUGAAUCAAUCAACUUUGUUACUCGUGUAGACUACGACGCCAGUGGCAACAUCCGUGGAUCUUUCGAUAAGCUCGGUAGACAAAUAGAGGUGCGCGACUAUGACAUGCUCGGACAGACAAUCCACAAUUCAUCCAUGGACAAUGGAGAGCGCUGGACGCUAAAAUCAUGCCUUGGCGAUAUUGUACGCCAGUGGACAAACCGCGAUCAAGAGUUAUCGACUGAAUACGAUGAAAGUCGUCGACCCAUAAGGGUAUACCUCCGGCCUGACAAGGGCUCUGACGAACGUCACCUCAUAACAGAGAUCACUUUUGGAGAAAGCCUUGAAGAUGCCGAAGAGCUGAAUGCUAAAGGACGAAUGGUAGCUCAUAGAGACCAGUCUGGCGUGACUAAAUCUGAACGGUACGACUACAAAGGCAAUCUCUUGCGCGAGUCUAAGCAAGUGACGGCAGAAGCUGGCGCAGUAAUAGACUGGUCUUGUGCUGCUCAUGUACCAUUACAGGGCCAGAUUUUUCUAAAGGAAUCAACUUACGACGCUCUCAACCGUUCCAUUGCAAUUACCGAGCCAGAUGGGAGCACUGUUAGGAACCAGUAUAACCAAGCAGGCCAGGUCCAUUAUGUUGAAGUUCAGCGGCCAGAAGACACAAAAGCACAGAUCAUCCUACGCUCAGCCCAUUACAACGCACGAGGCCAGAGAACCCAAACAAUAUUUGGCAAUGGAGUGGAGACGGUCAACUCAUACGAAGCAGAUACAUUCCGCUUAAGUCGCCUUCUGACUACCCGAAGAGACGGUAAACAGCAGUCUACGGCGGUCCUACAAGACUUGCGCUACACGUACGACCCAGUAAGUAACGUGACAAUGACAAGGGACGAAGCGCAGCGUACAAUCUUCUAUGGUGGCGAGAAAGUUGAUCCGGUGUCUGCUUACACAUACGAUUCAACUUACCGCUUGAUUGAAGCUACGGGUCGCGAGCAUCUCGGUCAGGAUAGCGAGAACUGGCUGAAAAGCAUUCCAUCGAAGCACCACAGCCACGAUAAUAAGGCAAUGUGCAACUAUCACGAAAGCUACCAAUACGAUGCAAAUGGAAACAUCACGAAAGUGAGACAUGUCCGCAAAGGCGGGGCUGAGGGUAGUUGGAGUAGACACUACCGCUACGAAGAGCCAAGUUUACUUGAGCCUGAACGAUUUUCUAACAGACUGACCUCUACCAUGGUUGGGACGGAGGAGAUGUUCUAUAAAUACGAAGGGCAAGAGUUGGCGACUGGGAACAUUACUACUUUACCGGGUGUCGGCAACAUGCGCUGGGACUUCCGCGGCCAGCUUCAGUCAGUCAUUACUCAACGAUGCCAAACUUCCCCGGAAACUACUUGGUAUGCUUAUGACGACGGAGGGAAGCGAUCGAGAAAAGCGACCUAUGCAUCUGUUUCCGAAAAUUCAAACAAAGUUAGACAUGAAAGACUUUAUGUGGGCAGUAGCGAGGUCUACCGUGAGUACGCCGCGGACGGCAGGCAAGUAAAGCUAGAACGCUGGACUCUUCACGUUUCCAUUGGUGGCGAGAGGGUGUCGAUGAUCGAACGACUGUCAAAAGGGGAGUCGAAGGGUCCCAAUUGCUUGACUCGAUUUCAGCACGGUAAUUUAAUCGGCUCAUCGGUUCUCGAACUAGACGCCGAAGCCCACAUUCUCACUUACGAAGAAUAUUUCCCGUAUGGUGAAACGUCCUAUUAUUCUCCACACUCCAAGCUGGAGACACCAAAGCGCUAUCGCUACUCUGGCAAGGAAAGAGAUGAGGAGAGUGGCCUCGAUUACUACGGCAAGCGUUACUCCGCCGCCUGGAUAGGCCGGUGGAUUUCUCCAGACCCAGGAGGAUACACCAACGGUCCGAAUCCAUACCAAUUCACCCAAAGCAAUCCAAUCUCCUUUCAAGAUCCUGAUGGUGCAGUAGAAGCGAUUCCGACACCGGGCGGUGUGCCAGGUAUGCCACCGCCCGCCAGCGCAUCGGUUAUCUCAGAAGAAUUAAGCGUUUUCAAGAGCGCAUCUACCAGUUUCCAAAACAUCUCCUACAAUGUGCAAGCCGCACAGGAAGCUGGGACUCUUGGAACCACGGCUGCAGAGACUGCAGAGGCAGCUACGGUAAUUACAGAGAGCACGACUACUGCCACUGCAACGGCUGAAGUUCUAACAACCAGCGCAGCCGUAGGAGAAGGAACCCUAGCUACAGGCGGCACCGUUGCGGCUGAAACUGGCCUAGGGCUUGGAGCUGGUGAGGUAGGAGGGGGUGCUUUGCUGACUUUAGAAACUGGUGGAUUAAUACUCAUUGCAGCUGGUGUUGCCCUUAUCGGCUAUGGCAUCUACCGUGCGGUCAAAGACGACUCGCCGGCUGCUCCUCCAGCAAAACAACCAGAGGCACCAAGCUCACAAGCAGCACAAAGUGCAAGUCCGCAAGAGCCACAAAUGUCCCUCCCAGAGGACAAUCAAUCACGCAUUGCGCCACCAGCUCCAGAGACCGUUGAAAAGGGUCCCGUAUCUGCGCCAGGGCUCAACUAUACACCGGCCGAAGCACCAGGCGCGUCAGAAGCACCCGAAAGUGUCGAACUUCCAGGCCAAAGCACAGACAACACAACUAUUGAGGACCCUACUGAAAACAUAAGUAUCGAAGCUAGCAAAGACUCUCAAGGUAGAGAGUGGUGCCAGCACCGACACCAUAUGAUCCCGCAGCGCCAUCGAGAUUUUUUCUCUCAAAACAUCUUCGAGGACCCUGUCACUGGUCAAUCAGGCGUAAGCAUCAACAUCGACCUGAAGGAACUUAUUCGCGUGCUUCCGCAAUGGGCGCAUACCCUGCUUCAUCAAGACGGCGCGUAUGAUGCAAUGUGGGAUCUGCAGGUCGAGCACUGGAAAGAGGUCAUCGCUGCAGGUGGUAAAGUGACGGUGGAAGAGGUGUGGGAUUUUGCCAUUCAUCUGCAAUAUGAGACCGAAGUGAGAUUGGGCAUUGAAGGUGUCUUUAAUGGGAAGAGACAGCAUCCUAGCAGGGACUUUGAGCCGAAGCAGAAGAAGGCCAGUACGAAAUGCGUGUCAUUGCAAAGUGGGCGUAAUAUGGAUUGGCACGAUUCCAUGUCGUUCCGAACGGGACUACUACGAUAUCUGAACCAUUCCAAAUGGCAUACCGUUUCGAAGAACCAAAAUAACAAGCAGUCUCCCUUUUCGGUACACGUUAUCACAGCUUCGAACAAUCUCAGCUACGCGAAACACAGGCCUGUCCUCGGUAGUCUAACCCUCCUAGGUAGCACGACGAACCCUGCGUGA